UCCUGUGCUAGACUCUCACUCACUGCUCUGACGAGCCGGAGUGAGACACUGACCUGUAUGUAAUUCAGUUCAGUAGAGAGAGAGGAGGAGGGUGGGAGAGAGGCUGGUUUUUGAUACCGAGUCAAGGAAGGGCAGGGGAGGGAGACAGAGAGAAAGAGAGCAAGCGAGGGGAAGAAAGGGCGAGAUAAACUCGGGGGCAUAUAUACUGAUCGCGCAAGAAGAGGAAGAAUUAGUACCGAUCCGUCUCUUCCCUCGUUAUCACAGUCGUUUAUGUUGGACGCAAACCACCGACACACGAUUUAUCCACACCCAUGGGUUAACAGGAUUCAAUGAGCAGGAGAGCCCGCCGGACCAUCAGAUGAACAACAGGAAGGAGGAAAUGGAGAUCGCGUCCCACUACCGGCAGCUCCUGCAGGAACUGAACGAGCAGCGGCAGCACGGCAUCUUGUGCGAUGUCUGCGUCAUCGUGGAGGGAAAGAUCUUCAAGGCGCACAAGAACGUGCUGCUGGGCAGCAGCCGCUACUUCAAGACCCUCUACUGCCAGGCCAGGAAGAGUGGCGACACCCAGGCCACCGUCACGCACCUGGACAUCGUCACGGCGCAGGGCUUCAAGGUCAUCCUGGACUUCAUGUACUCCGCCCACCUGGCCCUCACCAGCAAGAACGUGAUCGAGGUGAUGUCCGCCGCCAGCUACCUGCAGAUGACCGACAUCGUGCAGGCCUGCCACGGGUUCAUCAAGGCCGCCCUCGACAUCAGCAUCCGCUCCGAGCUGGCGGACGAGCUGGGCGAGUUCGACGUGAGCGCCACGGUGGGGAUGGGGGGCGCGGGCGGGGGCGUGGCGGGUGGGGGGGCGUCGGAGGCCCUGACGUCCCUCAUGUCGGGCCGCAGCUCGUCGCCCUGGUUGGGGCGGCGCAGCAGCCCCGCCAACUCCUCGGGCGACUCCGCCAUCGCCAGCGGCCACGAGGGCGGCAGCAUUUAUGGGAAGGAGGACCAGGAGCCGAAGAGCCUGGAGAGCCAGGAGGACAUGUGUUCACAGCCCCUCUGGCCCGGAGACUUCAGCUCUGCCCAGGUGAAAGAGGAGCAGGGCUCCCCCUUAAACUUCAAAGACGCCCCCGCCUCAUCCGCUCUGAACUCUCUGGCAGGGCGUGGUGGCGGGAGGAGCUGGCAGGCAUCCUCAGGGUCCAGCCGAAGGAAGAACCGCAAGAACAAGGACACGGUGCGCCACAUCACGCCGCAGGUAGAGGGCGACAGUGAGGCGGGUUCACCGUUGCCCUCUGCCCUCUCCACAAACUACAGCGGCCAGGACAUUCCAGGUGUGGGCGGAGCAGAGGAGGACAGCCAUGGCGACAAGCAGGACUUCCUGGAGAAACAGGACGACGCCCUGCUGUCAGGGGACGCCCCCGGGUGCCUGCCUCCGCCGCCGGGCUCCGAGAAGGACGAGCCCGCCGGCCAGGCGACCUCUGUCGCCAGCCUGCAGGAGGCACUGAUGAGCAAGAGCAGCCUGUUGUCUUUCCGCGCUGAAAUGCUGGGGGAGGAGAGCCCGCUGCUCCUGGAGUACCUGCCCAAAGGGGGCGGGAACUCCCUCUCUCUGAGCGACUUCACGGUGAUCAGGAAGAAGUUCCGGUGCCCGUACUGCAGCUUCUCGGCCAUGCACCAGUGCAUCCUGAAGAGGCACAUGCGCUCCCACACGGGAGAGAGGCCCUACCCCUGCGAGGUCUGUGGCAAGAAGUUCACCCGCAGGGAGCACAUGAAGAGGCACACACAGGUGCACAGUAAGGAUAAGAAGUACGUGUGUAAGGUGUGCAGCCGCGUCUUUGUGUCGGCGGCGAGCGUGGGCAUUAAGCACGGGUCCCGCCGCCACGGCGUCUGCGCGGACUGCUCGGGGCGGGGCCCGGCGAGCCUGCUGGCGCAGAACGGCGACUCGCCGGAGGAGGAGCCGUACCCCGGCGAGCCCGGCGACGGGGAUGAGGAAAUCCUGGGGGACGGGGAGGGGGACGAGGACGGCGGCCGGUGGCGGGACGACUCAGGAAUGCUAGAGGAGGAGAAGGAGGAGAGCGACUCGGCCCAGGAGGGCGAAGCGCAGGCGGGGAGCGAGAAGGACUUCUCCUGGAUUUCGUAGGCCGCGGCGCCACUCCGUUCGACAACAACGAUGGCGACGUCCUCGUGUGCGCGCGUGGAUUUGGUUCUCACCGAUCCCGGUUCGGUUCCUCUGACGCGGGACGCUGACGGGCGGGCUGGCUCUCUGAACGCGGGGACUGCAGGUGUCACUCGGUCAAACCUUAAGCGCGCGCCCCCUGUUUAAACGGCUGUGGAACCGGAUGCUUCGACAGCCUCCGACGGACGUAGGGGGGACAGCCGUUCCUCUCUGCGUGGCUGGGCACCCCGGGCGGGUCCGCUGCGGAGCUCUGGUUCCGGGACCGGGGACAUGUCCAGCACCUUUCACGCAGAUCACUGCCUCAGACUUGCACUUUAAUGCUUUCCUGAUCCCUAUCAAAUGUCCUGGUUUACAUGGUUUACACUUUCCUCCCGAUUUACUACACGGAUGACUUGCUGACCAUCCUACCUUUUGAGGAUACACCUCCUUGUGACUGUUACUCUGACUUGUACAAAAUUUACAGUUCCUUUAUGCCUUUAUCUUUAACUGUUAGUUUGCUGCUUUGCCACAUGCGUUUCUUUGACGUUUCUGUGAGUAUGCUCUUUUAAAGCUUACUUACAAUACAUAUAUCGAGCUUACAGAAAGAGAGAGGGUGAGAGAGAGAAAUGGAAGAUUACUUGUCAUAUGGAAAAUCUUAUUUGAAUGUUUGCGAAUACUUCCUUCCCAGUGGAUCCUCUGUUUAGGAAUGAAUGCCAAGGCCUUAAUGCCAGUUUACAAACAGAAAACUUCAUACUAUGAGGGAGAUCUGAUCUAAUCCAGGGAACCUCUAAAGGGUGGGAACACUUUUCA